AUGCGUCUCCCUGGUAAUCUCAAGAUAACAAAGAGCACACUUAGACUUAGACAUGUUACAAAGAAAUCAGUCCACGGAGUAGUCUCAAAACACAACACACCAGCGCAGCGGUCGCACAAUCCAGAAACAGAGCUCAACACUAGCGACACUAGGUAUUGGCCUUCAGAAGAAGAUGGUACUCUGCAAGUUGCACAGUACACAAUCCGAACAUUGAAAAAGAAGACAUUCUCGAAUUACAUUGUGACAGAAUUAAGUGUCACUCAUGAAUUCAAUGAGCGACAACGUAAAGUCUACCAUUUUGUGUACAUUGACUGGACGGAAGACGGCAAUUUCAACGACGUAGGAAAAUUUUACAAGUUUGUGCUAGCAAUUAACCACAUGCGCGAGGUUGUACAAACAAUUGUGUUGAGUUACUGUGAAAUAAUAGGACCUAUCAUUGUGCACUGUUCCACGGGAAUCGGAAGAACUGGAGUUUUUUCUGUGAUUGACUACGUCCUUCAUCAACUGAAAAAAAAUGGAAAAAUUUCUUUACCAAAGAUCUUGAUAGGCAUCAGACAGCAAAGACAUUCAAGUGUUGUUAUUCUAGAUCAAUACUUGUUUUGUUACCGUGUGGUGCUACAUUGUUUGGCAGAAAUAAAUAAUCGACUGCGUGACAAAGAGAAAACGGGCCUUCUGAGAACUUCGUAAAUUAAAAAUAUUCCACUGUGAAACUCCAAAUUGAAGUGUCUGAAGUGUAGAAUGUGGGUCACUGCAGUAAAAGCUUCGAUUCUGCAUAGUCAGCUCUUAUCGAGAAACUACUAUGCUGAAUUAUAUUGUUAUAGUGUAAAUAUAAUCAUUUUGACGCUUUCACUAAUAUCAGCUAGCAUGUAAAUGUUAGAAAUCAAAUUUUCACAUCAACUAUAAUAAUAAUUCAAGGUUUAGUUUUGAUGAUACACAAAUAACAUCUUCGUUCUAAGAUAUCAUAAUUAAUCGAAGCUUUAAAUCUAGAUGUGAAAAUAGAACGAGUCAGUUGCAGUACGCAAAAUAUUUAAAAGCAUUUGCUUAACUAGCAGAAAGUAGUUUAGGAAGAUAUAGUCGUGAUCCUACAA